AUAUCGUAGUCAUAGCCACUCGUAGGGGCUCCUCCUCCUGCUCUCUCAUUUCACCUAUAUAAAUAAAACCUUUCAUUUUCCAUUCAAUUAUUAUCACCACCACCACCUCUUCAAUCACGCCACGCCAACGCCACCGCCACCAAUAACGUUUCUUUUCUUUUCUUUUUCACAUCUUCAUACCCAUUAAAACAACCCCAUACCAACAAAUCCUAAAAAGAUCCGAUCUUUUACCCUAAAAAACCACCUUAAAAAACCCUAAUUCUCCCUCAAAAACCCACAAAAAAAUUCUUUCUCAAAAUCCAAAAUUGGAUCAGACCCAUUUCAAUUCUCCCAUCAAGAACCUUAAAAACACCAAAAUCAAGAAAAAAACAGAUACCUUUUUCUAUAUAUAGUUGAUGGGCACAAUCAGGUUUUCUAGCAGAGACCUCUCAGUAGGACCGGCCUCAUUAAAUCCUUCACCAUCAAUUCCAAUAACAACAUCGACUUCUAUAACGGAAACCGUAAAUGGGUCUCAUGAAUUCAAGGUCGAUGGCUAUUCGCUAUCAAAAGGCAUGGGGAUAGGCAAAUACGUAGCAUCGGAUACUUUUUACAUCGGUGGCUAUGCAUGGGCUAUAUAUUUUUACCCAGAUGGUAAAAGUUCUGAAGAUAAUGCCUCUUAUGUCUCGUUAUUCAUCGCUCUUGCUAGCGAGGGGAAUGAUGUUAGGGCUUUGUUUGAAUUGACGUUGAUGGAUCAAAGCGGGAAAGAAAGGCAUAAGGUUCAUAGCCAUUUUGGAAGAGCCCUUGAGAGUGGGCCUUAUACGCUUAAGUAUCGCGGCAGUAUGUGGGGUUAUAAACGAUUUUACAAAAGGACUCAAUUAGAGACUUCAGACUUUCUUAAAGAUGAUACCCUAUUAAUUCGCUGUUGUGUUGGUGUUGUUAAGUCCCACACUGAGGGACCAAAGACCUACACCAUUGCCGUGCCCCCUUCCAAUAUUGGUCAGCAUUUUGGAAAGCUUUUAGACAGUGGAAAGCGAACAGAUGUAAAUUUUGAAGUUGAUGGAGAAAUCUGUGCUUCACACAAGAUAGUUCUGGCAGCACGCUCGCCAGUGUUUAGAGCACAACUUUUUGGUCCAAUGAAGGAUCAAAACACUCAAUGCAUCAAAGUUGAAGACAUGGAAGCUCCUGUUUUUAAGGUUUUCUCUCUCUCACUAUUUGUGGUGCCAUACACAAAUGUACACGUGGAUUCAUCUCCCAAGGCACUGCUCCUAUCCUUAUUCUUACUCACUCCAGCUAAGGCAUUAAUCCAUUUUAUAUACUGGGAUGCCUUACCAGACAUGGAGGAGCUUGUUGGUUUGAACUCAAAAUGGGCUUCCACACUGAUGGCUCAGCAUCUGCUUGCAGCAGCAGAUCGCUAUGCACUUGAGAGGCUCAGAUUGCUUUGUGAGGCUAGACUUUGUGAAGAUGUUGCCAUAAACACUGUUGCAACAACACUAGCUCUAGCGGAGCAGCAUCAAUGCAUCCAACUAAAGUCUGUUUGUCUCAAAUUCAUUGCUUUGCCUGAAAAUUUGAAAGCUGUGAUGCAGACGGAUGGAUUUGAGUACUUGAAGGAAAGUUGCCCUUCUGUCAUCACGGAACUACUGCAAUAUGUUGCCAAAAAUGGUGAGCAUUCUGUCAUCGCUUGUACACAUGGAAAUGAUAACUUAGAUAGCGAUAUGAAUGGAAGACGAGUGAAGCAAAGGAUUCAUUGAUAUGGGAACAACAGAUGCCUCAUCCUCUGGACAAUAAUCAGAGCUUGCUAGGCUUUAGCCAUUUUUGUGAUUGUACUGACAGUUCACUGUAAGAAAAAUUUAAUAUCAGUGGCUCAUUUGUUGGUCAA